AUGCAGGAAAUGCACAAGCACUUCUCUCAGAACAGAAAUGUACCAUCUGAUGCGCAUCCCCCUCUCCUCCCCCGCGCACUGGAGCGGUCGAGCCCACCCCGUUUUAAGCGCGCGCCAUGGUUCAGUCCAGACCAGAACAUCAUGGCGAUAGAUGGUGGAGAGCGGAAUUGUGGAGUACAUGAGCUUAUCUGCAUCAGAAAAGUGUCUCCUGAGGCUCUGGGGUUCCUGUCUGGCAUUGGUGUGUUCAUCUUUCUUGUGAUUGUACUCUUUCUUUACCUCAAUAACAAACUAUCCCUUGAGAGUGCCAACCAACUGUCCAGCCUUGACCAGUACAGAAAGAGCACAGAGCCAGCAGAUAAGAGCUGUGUGAAUGCAGACUAUCACUGCUCGUCGUCAGACAGUGAUGAUGAGGUGAUUGGCCAGUACCAGGAGGCUGUGUCUCGAUCGCAGGGUCUCCAGGGUGGUUCAGCGGGGACUAACUCACACCACCAGAAGGGCUAUGGCUGGGACACACGGCAGAAAUACUACCCCCUAGCGGCUGAAUAUGAUGGCUACAGCAGCGAGGCCUCAGCAGAUGAUGUAAACUGUAUCCAGCGGAUGAGACGGACUCCACCAUUGGAUGAGCUGCAGCCUCCACCCUAUCAGGAUGAGGAUGGGUCACCACGCAUGUCGUGCACACCGUCUGACCUGGGCGAUGCCAAAUGUGACCUUUCCCAGGGGAGCGAGAGCCCCAGACACAGCUAUGAAAAAUGUCCAAGUGAGGUCAGCGGAGCACAGGAAACAGAGAGUUUCCUUAAGGGCUAUGAAGAAGAUGUACCCAGUGACAGCACUGCUGUACUCAGCCCAGAGGAUCUGUCUGCACGUGGAUCGGCGGCUCAGCUUCCCAAAGGUUAUGACCCUGAGCCUCUCACUCAAUAUGGAACUCUCGACGUCAUCUUCGACUACGAUUCGUCUGACCAGCGUCUGUCCGUCACGAUAACGGCGCUGACGGACAUUCCUUCUCUCAAACACACGGGUAACAUCUCCUGGCAGGUGCAUCUGGUGCUGCUGCCCACCAAAAAACAGAGGGCCAAAACCAUUGUCCAGCGUGGCCCCUGCCCCGUCUUCACAGAGACAUUUCACUUCAGCCAUAUCGAGUCGGAGAUGAUCGGGAACUACGCCGUCCGGUUCCGCUUGUACAGCAUCCGCAGGAUGAAGAAGGAGAAGGCUCUCGGAGAGAAGGUGUUCUACCUCACCAAACUCAACCUGCAGGGCAAGAUGUCGGUCCCCAUCGUACUGGACCCCUGCUGCAACAUACCUGGCAGUGACUCUCAGGCAAGCGUGUCAGACGUAUCGUGCAGCGAGACGGCCUCGUCGUUCCCAUCUGCUGGUCAGGGGUCGGCUCCUGAGAUCCUGCUGGGGCUUGUGUACAACGCCACUACAGGACGUCUCUCUGUGGAGGUCAUCAAAGGAAGCCACUUUAAAAACCUGCCAGCAAAUAAACCUCCCAACAGUUUGUUCUGUUGUCUAAAGCACUUGAUAGGUGGGCAGGUGUACAUAAUCCGAGACACGUACGUAAAGCUGACUCUACUGAACUCAAUGGGUCAAGAGAUGUCCAAGUGCAAGACGUCCAUUUGCCGAGGCCAACCCAACCCCACCUACAAGGAGACCUUUGUGUUCCAAGUAGCUCUGUUCCAGCUCUCCGACGUCACGCUCAUCCUGUCGGUCUACAACAAGCGCAGCAUGAAACGGAAGGAGAUGAUUGGCUGGAUCUCUCUGGGGCUGAACAGCUCUGGGGAGGAGGAGCUGACACACUGGACACAGAUGAAGGAAUCGAAGGGACAACAGGUGUGUCGAUGGCACAGUCUUUUGGAGUCCUAGAAUGUCAACAAGUGAUGUCAAUGAUGUGUGUAAUGGCGUGGGUGACAGAGAGCAGGUCAUGCCCUCGAACGGCCCCAAGAUGACAGAGCUGGCCCUCACUGCAGUGCAUUAUGAGAAAUGCGAGUAGUUCUGGGGAUGUAAUCUGCUCUCCUUCCCAAUGCACUGUGGGAAACAGGUUAGAGAAAAUGGUGAGAACAGGGUUAGAGAUGCCACACCGUUAAUGGAGGAAACGCUAUUGAGACAGACUUUUAUGUUUAUUUCGAUAUUUAUUUGUAUAUUUUUUGACUUGAUGUUUCUAUUUUGUUCAGCUUAAUAUGGGGUUAUGGUGUUUAAGGCACAGUAAGAGAGAAAGAAUAAUUGAAUAUAUGUGUGAGAUCCAGACGUGAAAGAUCUACAGAGAUGAGACGAGUUCAAAUAUCUUAGCUCAGAUUAUAACUGGUGUCCUAAGAUUACUUUACUCAGACCUACCAAAGUUGUACAGGGGUACAAUUACUGUCAGGUUGACUAGAUGCCAUUCUGAGGCAUUUUAAUGGAAACUCUGACAGAUGUCUGGGUUUCUCAACAUGUGAUCAGAUUUUCUAGAUUGUGUUCUUAUUUAGUUCAGGAUUUAGUUAAUUCCACUUUGAAAUGUACUAUACAGUAAGAUGGCCAAUCCAGACUUCACCACACAUAGCCUGUCAUCCAGUGUUAUGUGUCCGCUAUUUUAUUCCCCUCAUUCUGAAUUUAAUACUUGGAUCAGAAACACCACAAAACAAACAGAAUUUUUUUUUUUAUUUCAUUCUCAAUAUAACAUUAACAGCCAAUAAGGCUAGAACUUUUGUUUUAACUAUACUUUUCU